AUGUACAAUGAAGGCCAGUUUCUUGACAAAGCUUGCGACCUUAUGAACCAAGGCAUAUUGGCUCUCGUCAGCUCUAUCGGAUGUGCAUCAGCCGUGUCCUUGCAGUCUCUUGCAGAUGCAAUGCAUAUUCCUCAUCUCUUCAUGCAGCGAUCCACAGCCAGAACGCCAAGAAGUAGUUGUGGGCUCAACAGGAAUAAGAGGAUUGAUGACUAUACAUUGUCUGUUCGCCCCCAAGUCUAUCUGAAUGAUGUUAUCAUAAGAGUCGUCACUGAAUACGCCUGGCAGAAAUUCAUCAUUUUUUAUGACAACAACUAUGAUAUCCGUGGAAUACAAGAGUUUUUGGAUAGAGUAUCUCAGCAGGGAAUGGAUGUAGCUUUGCAGAAGGUGGAAAACAACAUUAAUAAGAUGAUCACAGGACUCUUUGCUACUCUGCGCAUAGAGGAGCUAAAUCGCUACAGGGACACGCUGAGAAGAGCCAUUCUCGUUAUGAGCCCAACAACUGCCAAAUCCUUCAUUACUGAGGUUGUUGAAACUAAUUUGGUUGCCUUUGACUGUCACUGGAUCAUAAUAAAUGAGGAGAUAAAUGACUUGGAUGUACAGGACCUGGUCAGAAGGUCGAUUGGAAGGUUAACAAUUAUUCGUCAGACCUUUCCAGUACCCCAUAAUGUGAGUCAACGCUGUUUCCCUGGCAACCACCGAAUAUCUACUACGCUCUGCGACCCAAAGGACCCAUAUUCCCAGAGCAUGGAGAUCACCAACCUGUAUAUCUAUGAUGCAGUUCUCUUACUAGCUAAUGCCUUUCACAAGAAGCUUGAAGAUCGAAAGUGGCACAGCAUGGCCAGCCUUACCUGCAUCAAGAAGAACUCAAAGCCCUGGCAAGGAGGUCGAUCUAUGUUAGAAACUGUCAAGAAGGGGACAAUAAAUGGACUGACCGGAAUUUUGGAAUUUGACGAACUUGGGGAUAAUCCAAAUAUCCACUUUGAAAUCCUGGGUACAAAUUAUGGCGAAGAACUCGGCAGAAGUGCGCGUAAGCUUGGCUCAUGGAAUCCUGUAACUGGUCUGAAUGGAUCUCUAACAGACAGAAAGCUAGAAAACAACAUGCGAGGGGUAGUACUCCGUGUGGCCACUGUGCUGGAAGAACCAUUUGUUAUGGUUUUAGAGAAUGUCUUGGGAAAGCCAAAGAAAUACCAAGGAUUUUCUAUUGAUGUCCUUGAUGCCUUAGCCAACUAUUUGGGAUUCAAGUAUGAAAUAUAUGUUGCACCAGAUCACAAGUAUGGAAGACCUCAAGAAGAUGGUACAUGGAAUGGGUUAAUAGGUGAACUUCUCUUUAAGAGAGCCGACAUGGGUAUUUCUGCCUUGACUAUCACACCUGACAGAGAGAAUGUAGUAGACUUCACAACACGUUAUAUGGAUUACUCAGUGGGAGUACUGCUAAAAAAAGCAGAGAAAACAGUGGAUAUGUUUGCUUGCUUAGCACCAUUUGACUUAUCUCUGUGGGCCUGCAUUGCUGGAACUGUGUUGUUAGUGGGGCUUCUUGUCUACCUAUUGAACUGGCUUAAUCCUCCACGCUUGCCGAUGGGAUCUAUGACUUCUACGACACUUUACAACUCUAUGUGGUUUGUGUAUGGAUCAUUUGUACAGCAAGGUGGAGAAGUCCCAUACACAACUUUGGCAACACGAAUGAUGAUGGGAGCUUGGUGGCUUUUUGCCCUAAUUGUCAUUUCAUCUUACACAGCAAACCUAGCAGCCUUUUUGACAGUAUCACGAAUUGAAAGCUCUAUUCUGUCUCUACAGGACCUGUCAAGGCAGACAGAAAUUCCUUACGGAACAGUAUUAGACUCUGCGGUUUACGAUCAUGUGCGGGUGAAAGGGAUGAAUCCAUUUGAGAGAGACAGCAUGUAUUCCCAAAUGUGGCGUAUGAUUAACAGGAGUAAUGGGACAGAGAACAAUGUUCAGGAAUCUCAGGAUGGCAUACAAAAGGUAAAACAUGGAAAUUAUGCGUUUGUAUGGGAUGCUGCAGUGCUGGAGCAUGUGGCAAUAAAUGACCAGGACUGUUCCUUCUACACAGUAGGAAAUACAAUUGCAGACAGGGGCUACGGCAUAGCAUUACAACAUGGCAGCCCUUAUAGAGACAUUUUUUCACAAAGGAUCCUGGAACUUCAACAGAAUGGGGACAUGGACCUAUUAAAGCAUAAAUGGUGGCCACAUAAUGGACACUGUGACCUUUAUUCAUCAGUAGAACCUAAACAAAAAGGAAGUGCCCUGGACAUUAAAAGCUUUGCUGGGGUGUUCUGUAUACUGGCAGCUGGCGUUGUCCUGUCGUGUGUCAUAGCAAUGGUGGAGACCUGGUGGAGCAAAAAAAAAGGAUCCAGAGUACCUUCCAAAGAGGAUGACAAAGAAAUUGACCUGGAACAUCUCCACCGACGUGUAAACAGCCUGUGCACUGAUGAUGAAAGCCCUCAUAAACAGUUUUCCUCCUCGUCAGUUGACUUAACUCCGCUAGACAUCGACACGUUGCCAACACGGCAAACUCUGGAGCAAAUAAGUGAUUUCAGGAACACUCAUAUAACCACUACAACCUUUAUACCAGAGCAGAUACAGACACUUAGUCGUACCUUGUCAACGAAAGCUGCUUCUGGUUUCUCAUUUGGCAAUGUACCUGAGCACCGAACUGGUCCAUUCAGGCACAGGGCACCCAAUGGUGGAUUUUUCCGAAGUCCAAUUAAAACUAUGUCAUCUAUUCCAUACCAGCCAACUCCCUCUCUGGGGCUCAAUCUUGGCAACGAUCCUGACCGAGGUACCUCUAUAUGAGCCUUAGGGAGCCCUCAUCAUUGUUUUGUUCUGGGACUCUCUUUGCCAGGAGCAUCUGUAAAAUUAUGAGACUAACAUGGAUGUAUUUUUUUAUAUCCAAAUUAUUAAUAACAAUUUUUGACUCCUCACUUUAUUCUUCCUUGAUCCUUUGUCUGUAAAUGUGUUUUAGAAAUUCUAAAUUCACUUCACUGGCUCACUUAUUGUUAUUUUAUUUUAUUAUUCUUCAGUUUGGAAUGUUAAAGUAUUAUGAUUCUCCGUUGGUUUGACACAUACAUCUGCAAUAACUGAAAUUGUUUGCAUUGUUUACUGAUUCUCCUAUGUACUCUGCUGCUGCUGUGUCCUUUAACUAUGGACCAAAGGCUAACCCCUGCAGUAUAGAACAAAAAAACCUAUUCAGGCCGAAAGAUAAAAUAAUGCAAUUUUGUAGGACUACAACAAGCCAUUACUAUGCCAGUAAAGAAUACAUUAAAACAUAUUUUGCACUGUAGCAGUGCAUUUGUAAAUUAGUCCAUUACCAUGAUGUUUUUUCUUUUUAUUGUACAGCAUAUUUUUGGUUAAAACGUCCAUCCAAUCAUAUACUUGUAUGUGUAUGAAUGUAUGUAUGCUAGAAAGUAUAUGCAUACAUGUUCUUAUGCAUUGUGGAUUGUGUCAGAACCUAAAUAAUGGACAUUAUUCUUUUAUAACAUCAUAAAAUUACUUAAUAGCAUACUUUCAGACUUAUUAACAGAUCAUAUCUCUGUACGGCAAACUAUGGAGAAAAACGGUCAAAGUUGUUUUUUUCUGUUGCUUGUUUUUUUUUUUGUCUUUCUUUUUUUCAGAAACUGAUAAUCAAAUUAAAAUUGAAAUGCCUUAAUAGAAUAGAGCAAAACCAGGGUAUGUGCUUGAACCCAAUAAAACCCCGGUGGAAACAGGGAGCUGUAGACUGUUGAGGACACCCCUAAAUCAUCAAUGGUACACAGCAGAUAAAAGGGAAUGGCAGAAUUCCAACAUAGUAUUAGUAGUUUUGGGUAACAUCUUUACCUUCGCAUGACAAAAUGUGAGCAAAAAAUGUAUCAUUUAGCUGUUUUGUAAAGCAUUGAUGUACUAUAGUUUCCUUCAUCUUCUGCUCUACAGUCUUGCAGCUUAAAGUGUCCUUUUACUUACAUUAAAUCUAAACAAACUAACACACAAUAGGUGUCUGAUCUUAACUUUAAUCUAUACCUCCUGUCAGAGCCUCCUCAAAGUCCUGUUUUUUCCUAGUAUGGGGCACGAGUGACAUGCCUCCUGCCUCCCACAAUGCAGUUUUCAGGGCCAGAGCUCUAUCACUAGGAUACUUGGAGUUACUUUAGGUAGGCUGUAAGAUGUUUAGGAGGCUCCAGUUGCAGGCAUGGUCUGUGUGUACAUUUUUGCUUUAAAUUUGCUGGCAGAGGUCUUAAUAGUGAAAAUUUAUUUUUGACAGUGUUUGGGUAUGAGAAAGUUGUUAGAGAAAGCUUUUACAAUUUGGGCCACAUUUUUUUAGCCUGACCUAAUACUGAAUCGAUAGUUCAAUUUGCAUGCUACAUCCCUAAAUCUGGUGUAUCAAAAAAGUGUCUGUAGUAACAUAUGGGACUUUUGAAGCACAACGUUUUAGUAAAAUUUGUAACAUUUUAUUAAAUUUCUUUAAAAAAAGUAGACAUUUAAUAAAAUACAAAUAUAAAACGGUUAUUUUAUCCACUGCAGUGAUUUAUAGCAAGUCUUUCCACUCAACGCUUUUCAUGGGCAUGGUCCUCUUCAUCAGGAGUUAGCAGACUUGAAUUGCUGCCAUCUAAAUAG